UGAAGUAGGAUAAAAGCCGCCAAUUGCGAACUUCCUGUUUUUCCCUGGCCGGCGCUUCCGAAAACAAAGUAAAAAAAAGUAUCAUGAAAAGGAGUUUAAAACCUUAUGAAGAUUUAGGUGGACAAAGUAAGCCAAUGAGUUCCACCUCAGAAGAUAGUGAGCCAAAAAGAGGAGCGCUGAAAAGAACUCCGCUGUCAAAGCUGAAGACAGUGAACUGUAACUUCAAAUCACCGGGGCAGCUCACCAAGACGGCCAAAGUGAGUGUGGAAGAAGAAGUAGAGGAGCUGGAAAGGAGCAGAAAGCAGCUGGAUGCCGAAAUAGCACAGCUGGAGUCCGAGGGAUACAAAGUGGAGGAGCUGGACGAUCACAUCGACAUGCUGCAUGAGUACAAUGACAUCAAGGACAUGGGGCAGUCACUGCUGGGCAAAAUGGCCGCUGUACGCAGGACCACCACGCGAGAUCUCUACCGCCACUUUGGCCUGGAACUGGAUGACUGAGGAAAAUACCCUCUUUUAAGUGCAAGUUGAAAAGUGCUGCAAGGUUGACUACGGUAGUUGGGCGGGUCCUUAUCUGUCUUGACACACACUCUGUGUACUAUGCUCUCUGGCUCCCAGUGUACAGCUCCAACAAUAAAUGGAUGACCUUUGGCCUGCUUAAA